UGCAAACUCCAUACAGAAAGGUCCCAGCUGGGAUUCGAACCGGGGCCUUCUUGCUGUGAGGAAAGAGCGCUAACCACUGUGCCACCGUGCAGCCCUCAAUUGUUUAUCAUUUUUAGGAAAUUCUAUAUUCACAAAUAUAACAACCUAUUUUAAUUUAUUUUAUCUGGACCUUAAAUCAUAUUAUAAAAUGAUCUGAACAUCUGAAGGCGUCAAGAACAUUUAAUAUUUUAAAAGAACUGCAUAUUUUUGUUUUAUUUUUUUAGUUUACACAUAUAUGUUGUAUCCUCCUGGUUUGUUCAUGCUGUUGCACUUUACUUGUAGCGUCUUCUGUUAACUAUUGUGGAGAAAAAAAGUACACAACUGAAUGUGAACAUGUUUAAAUCGAAAGAAUGUUCAAUAAAGUUUAUGAAAAAAAAAGAAAAAAAAUCCAUGUGUAUGACGUCUGCGUUUUUCAUUGGACGGCUUCGCGUGAUGCAUCAUGGGAAUGUAAACAGAACCGGGUAGCUAGCAGCGUUAGCUUCCCUGCAGAGGAGGACGGAGUUUGGCGUGAAUAUCGGAGCGGCAGCAGUGAAAAUGUCUGCGGUUCAGUCUCUCCGAGAGUUUAUCGGUGAGAGGUUAACCGCUGCCGCCGAAGAAAUCUUCAUUCAUGUGGAGAAAACCAUCUUUAAGCUGGAGGAGGAGCUCCUCCGUCAGCGCAGACUGAUGGAUGUGAUGAUGAAACCUCAGGUCCAAGCGGAAACCAUAGUUCUCCCCCAGUGUUACCUGAGGAACCAAGAGAGGAACUCCAAUUUGAAGCAGGAGGAAGCAGAACCUCCACAGAUGAAGGAACAAAAGGAGGAGGUCUGGAUCAGCCAGAAUGAAGAUCAGCUCCGUCUGAAGCAGGAAGACGAUAUCUUGAUGGUGACUCUUUGUGAGGAAAAUGAGCUCAGAGAAGAAGAUCUCAACAGUCAGCAGCUCCAAACUCAGAGCUUUAAUGAUGGUCAGGAUGAAGACCAACGGGAAGCAUCAACUACAGAUGGAGAGACAGAACUUCAGGGCAGCAGAAAUGUCAAAUGUUAUGUCCAGAAUGAGGAAAGCUCUCACAGAACCCAGACAAAAAAGAGAUACUUUUGUAAAGAAUGUGAAAAAAGUUACACCACCGCGCGGAGUUUGAAUCAUCACAUGAAAAUCCACACCGGGAAAAAGUCUCAUCCCUGCACAGAAUGUGACAAAAGUUUUAGUCAAAGCUCCGACCUCACACGCCACAUGAGGACUCACACGGGAGCGAAGCCCUUCACCUGCAGCGUCUGUGGCAAAGGUUUCAGCCAAGGCGUUAACUUGACAAACCAUGUGAGGAUCCACGCGGGAGAACGACCUUUUUCCUGCAAGGAGUGCAGCAGGAGUUUUAAUCACAGUUCUCACCUCACUCGUCACAUGAUCAUUCACACUGGAGAAAAGCCCUUUUCCUGUCAACUGUGUGGUAAAAGGUUUAGUCAGAGAUAUGCUCUCAAACGCCACAUAAAAACCAACGAAGAGAAGAUGUUUUCUUGUAAGAUCUCAGAGUUGCAGGUCAAGAGAGCUCCUAAAUGAACAUGUAAUGAAAGACACUGGCAGCUUUGUUUAGGCAGCAGUCAAAUGUAUAUUGUAGUAAUACAAUUAUUAUGCUGCAUUCACACCAAACAGAUCUUGUGUGUCAGUUUUGUGUCGGCUGGCGGCUCUUUUGGUGAGUGUCAAAUUAGCUAAAAUGUUGUACUAAAAUGUUCAAAAGUUCUUCACCAUGGAAAACACGGACGAUGUUGACAUGCCGAAAGUGCUGGGCUAUAUGAAAAAAAAGGUUAUAUCCCGGUUUAAAUUAUCUGAUAUCACAAUAACAAUAUCUAUCACGAUAUAAAGCAAUAAAGUAUAUUUUCAGUUAUUAAAAAAAAGCUCUCGCUAGUUUUACUUUGAAAACAGGAAGCUUCACUGUCACUUUAUUUUGAAGAUUUGUUUAUUUAUGGUGACAGUAGCCCCACUCAUUCGGCUUAUUAUUAUUAUUCAUAAUUAUGUUAAAAAUUUGAAUGAAUGAAUGAAUGAAAUGGUUUAUUUCAAGCAACCACGAAUAAUACUUGAAAAAAACACAUCACAUUGAAUUACAUCUAGAUUGCUUGAAAGAGAGUGAGAGGAAACGAACUUAUAUAUUCCCACCCCGACUCGACCAUACCAUUUUCUCUACAUGAAUUAUUAUUCAUUAGUGCAUGGCAUUAACUUCCGUAGCUACGCCGAUGACACCCAGCUUUAUGUUCGUCUCCUGACGAACCUACUGCAACAAACAAACUUUUAAAUUGCAUUAAUGAUAUUAAAGACUGGAUGGCAGCAAUUUUUUUUAAAGCUUAACAAAGACAAAACAGAGAUAAAGAUCAUUGGUCCGAAAGCUGACAGAGAGAGAGCCAGACUGAAAUGUCAAAACUUUGGCAUGGAUGUGACACGCUCAGCUAAAAACCUUGGAGUAAUCUUUGAUGCUGAUCUCAAUUUUAAGCUGCAUAUUUUAAAUGCAACAAAGACUGCAUUCUUUCAUUUAAAAAAUAUUGCCAAGGUACUACCCUUCCUUUGAAGAUUUAGUGGUGAUUUUUUAAUCCACGAAGGCUUGAUUAUUGUAAUGCUCUUUUAACUGGACUGUCAACAAGUUACAACUUAUUCAAAAUUCAGCUGCACGUCUCCUAACCAACACCAGAAGAAGAGCUCAUAUCACUCCUGUCCUCAAGUCCCUGCACUGUCUGCCUGUCAGCUUUAGGAUAGAUUUUAAAAUUAUUCUUUUAGUUUUUAAAUGUCUUAAUGGUUCAGGUCCUUUAUGUUUACUAGAUCUCCUUAGUCCACAUGAACCACCAAGAGCUCUCAGAUCCUCAGGCUCUACGACAUUAAUCAUCCCUAGAACUCGGACCAAGACCUAUGGCGAGGCUUCUUUUCAGUGUCUUGGUCCUCGCCUGUGGAUCUGAGAGCCUGUACAACUGUGGAGAUUUUUAAAAACAAAUUAAAAACGCACCUUUUUAGUAAGCUUUUAAUGACUCACUUUAAACUUUUUAGAGUUUAUAUUGUUUUAAUAUUUUAUUUUAAUGAUGUGGCUAGUCUUGGUUUUAACCUAUGAUUAACUGAUGCUAGAUUUUAUUUGUUUCUACAUAAUGCUGUUCUUGUCCUAAUGAGGUGGAUAUUUCUGAUUUCUGUCUUGUGGUUUCUUGCUGAAAUAUGUUUUUCUUUUUAAUUUGUUUUUAACUUGUAAAGCACUUUGGGCUGUACAGAAGUACAUGAAAAGCGCUUAACAAAUAAAGUUUGAUUGAUUGAUCAAUA